CCCGCACUAUCUCUUGUCAGCGUCAAUAAUUUUUACAACCAUUGUCACUUUUCUACAUAAACCUACAUUUUUUAUAACAAGCCCAAUAUAUUAAUCUGGAUAUAUAGCAGAAAGAGAUAGGCUUGAAAGACAAAAGAGAGAUGGAAUUUGAGGAGCAAGAACAAGAUGAGGAAAUGCAGCAGCUGGCGCCGUCGAAUUACGUUUCGACGGUUCCAGAAGCUUUUAGGAGUAGGGCCGGCGGAUACAAAUACAAGGAGUGCUUGAAGAACCAGGCAAUUGGAAUCGGCGGCAAUGCUGUAGAUGGCUGCAGAGAGUUCAUGCCAGCUGGACAAGAAGGAACCCUAGAUGCCCUCAGAUGCGCCGCUUGUACUUGUCACAGAAACUUUCACCGCAGACAAAGCGAGGCGGAGACAAUGCCGCCGCAGUACCACCGUCCAUCGGGGUACCUAGUGACCCCGAUGAGCCAGCAGAGGCCAGUGGCGGCGCAGUUGGAGAUGGAUCAAGAAUUGGGAAACCCUAACCCUAGCAGCAGUGGAGGAGGGUCGUCGAGGAAGAGAUUCAGGACGAAGUUUACGCGGGAGCAGAAGGAGAGGAUGACGGAGGUGGCGGAGAGAUUGGGGUGGCGCGUACAGCAGCAAGAUGAGGCGGUGGUGGAGGAGUUUUGCAAGGAGAGUGGGAUUCAGCGGCAGGUUUUUAAGGUUUGGAUGCAUAACAACAAGCACACUCGACCUUAAUUAUCAGUAAUUAUUUUAUUUUCUAGGUGACUAUAAAUCUGAUCUAUUAAUUAGGGUUUUAAGGUUCUUUAAGGCUUGUUAUAUACAUCAUUUGGUAAACAAUAUUCAGAUAUUGUGACAGUUUUUAGUAAGCCUUAAUUAGGGUUCAUCGAUCUGUAUUUCAUUGUCAACUUAAAUCUACUUUGUUUUGAUUUCACCGGGAUUAUUGAAAUCUAUAUUCA